AUGGGCAAGGACAAGGAAAGGUUCCAAAUAAUCUCCGAUCUUCACCUGGAAUCUCCAGCCGCUUACGAUGUUUUUCAAAUUACCCCUAAAGCACCCUAUUUGUGCCUCCUGGGCGACAUUGGAUAUGUCAAAGACGAUGGCUUUUUCACCUCCCUGCGAAGUCAACUUGAGGUCUUUCGGUUAGUCUUUCUAGUUUUUGGUAACCAUGAGCCAUAUCUGUACCACCGCAGUUGGAUCGAGGCGAAGCAGAAGCUUGAGAGUUUCAAGAAUGAGAUCGAAGUCUCCACGGGCCAAGCACUUGGCAAAUUUGUCAUCCUUAAUCAAACACGAUAUGAUAUUACUUCUGAUAUCACUUUACUCGGAUGUACAUUGUUCUCCAAGAUCUCCGAGGAGCAGAUCGAAAAUGUUAAUUUCGGGCUGAACGACUAUUAUCAUAUCGACGACUGGACCGUCGAUGACCACCAGAAAGCUCAUUUGUCCGAUCUGGCGUGGCUGAAUUUACAGCUCGAUCCCAUUUCCACAUCAGAACCAGACCGUAAAGUCAUCGUGCGCACUCAUUACUGCCAUACGGCCAACGAAAUGGCCAAUGACCCUAGGCAUGCGACAAGUCGGAUCUCCUCGGGGUUCAUAACCGAUCUGACCAGUGAGCCCUGCUGGCAAAGCGCAACCGUCAGGGUCUGGGCCUUUGAUCAUACACACUUCAACUGCGACUACCAAGACAGAGAACACUGGAAAAGGGUCAUUUCAAGUCAAAGAGGCUACUACUUUGCACAAGCAAAAGGAUUUGACAUAGAAAAGGUGGUCGAAGUUUAG